AUGCCGGUGGUUUGUAGCAGCGGGACGGCAACGAGAUCGGAGCUUUGUCGAGGCGCCGAGGGGCUCGCCGGUGUCGAGGGGCUCGUCGGUGUGUCGUCUGUGUCGAAGAGAACGGCGCUCGUCGAGGAGAACGGCGCUCGUCGAGGCGUCGAGGAGGUGAGGUUGCAGUGCCUGCAGGUUCAUUCAACUGUUGGAGCCCCAGACUAUAUUGCCCCUGAAGUUUGCUGGAAAAAGGAUAUGGAAUGGAAUUUUCAGGCUCACCCCUGGUUUAAAGGCAUUGAAUGGGACAAGGCUGCAUCUAUAUCCCUGAGGUCAAUGAUGCAAUGGAUGCUCAGAACUUUGACAAGUUUGAAGAGGGUAAUUUCUAUUUUCAUUUGCGCAGAUGUGCAGAGACUGAAUCCUCCAUUAUCAGACGUUCGCCCAACUCUCCAAACCGCCACAAUGCGCUCCCGCCUAAGCAGGCUCUGCCAAGAAGGCCAACCUCACCUUGCCCGCCAACUGUUCGACACUUUGCCUCGCCCAAGUACUCUUCUCUGGAACACCAUCAUCAUCGGCUUCAUCUGCAACAACAUGCCCACUGAAGCCCUAUCCUUCUAUUCCCACAUGAAACACUCCUCCUCCCCCAACACCAAGCCUGACCCUUACACUUUCUCUUCCACCCUUAAAGCCUGCGCCCUCACCCGCAACUUCGACGCCGGCAAGGCCCUGCAUUGCCACAUUCUUCGCUCCCUUCCCUACCCAAGUGCGGUUGUGCAGAAUUCGCUAUUGCAUAUGUACUCUUGUUGUGAUCAUGCCCAGCAUGACUUAGUACGUAAGGUGUUCGACACAAUGCCUGAGCGAAAUGUGGUUGCUUGGAAUACACUGGUUGCGUGGUGUGUUAAGACUGAGAGGUAUGAAGAAGCGGUUAAGCAGUUCAGGAUGAUGAUUAGUAUAAGAAUCGUUCCCAGUUCCGUCAGUUUCGUCAAUGUUUUCCCCGCUGUAUCCGCCAUGAGAGACUCUAGAAAUGCCAAUGUGUUGUAUGGUUUGGUUGUGAGAUGGGGUGCUGAGUAUGUGAAUGACUUGUUUGUUGUGAGUUCGGCGAUAUUCAUGUAUGCCGAGCUUGGUUGCCUUGAUUAUGCUAGGAAGAUUUUCGACCGUUGUUUGGGGAGAAACACAGAGAUAUGGAACACCAUGAUUGGGGGGUACAUUCAAAAUAAUCUUCCUGGUGAAGCAAUCUGCCUUUUCUUUCAAGCCAUACGAUCUGAACAAGAUGUUCUUGACGAGGUGACAUUUCUUUCAGCUUUGACUGCGUGUUCACAGCUGCAACGGUUGGAACUGGCUGCACAGUUGCAUGCUCUUAUCACUAAGCAUUUCAGAGUGAUACCUGUUGUUUUGCUAAAUGCGAUUAUCGUGAUGUAUUCAAGGUGCAACUCUAUUGAGACAUCUAUUAAGUUUUUUCAUAAGAUGCCAGAGAGGGAUGCUGUUUCAUGGAAUACUAUGAUAUCCGCAUUUUUUCAGAGUGGCUUGAAUGAUGAGGCUUUAAGGCUCGUUUAUGAUAUGCAACAGCAAAACUUUUCUAUUGAUGUUGUAACUGUAACAGCUCUACUUUCAGCUGCAUCAAGUCUUGGAAUUUUAGGUGUUGGACAGCAGAUACAUGCUUAUCUUAUCAGGCAUGGAAUAGAAUUUGAGAUGGUGGAAAGUUAUCUCAUAGACAUGUAUUCUAGAGCCGGUGCAAUAAGGACUGCAGAACGAGUUUUUAAAGAAGAUUGCACCCUUGAUAAAGAUCAGUCCACUUGGAGUUCUAUGCUUGCUGGGUACACACAAAAUGGUUUUAUUGAAGAAGCUAUUGUAGUUUUUAGGCAAAUGCUGGAGCAGAAGCUGAUACCAAAUGCCGUGAGCUUAGCAUCAAUUUUUCCUGCUUGUAAUCUAGUGGGGAGCAUUGAUAUGGGUAAGCAACUCCAUGGGUUCUCUUUGCGUCACUACCUUAAUCAAAACGUCUUUGUGGGAGCUGCUCUGAUUGACAUGUACUCAAAAUGUGGUGCACUCACUUGUGCUGAAAAUGUGUUUUUUGAAACCCCUGAGAAGAAUUCUGUCACGUACACCACAAUGAUACUGGGCUAUGGCCAACAUGGACUUGGUCAGAAAGCUGUAUCUUUGUUUCACUCAAUGAAGAGAUCUGGCAUUGUACCUGAUGCAGUUACCUUUGUUGCAGUCUUGUCUGCUUGCAGUUAUGCUGGAUUGGUUGAUGAAGGUCUUUCUUUAUUUGAAUCGAUGAAAUUAGAGUAUAACAUAAAACCAAUAACUGCACACUAUUGUUGUGUAGCGGAUAUGUUAGGCAGGGUUGGAAGAGUAGUUGAAGCAUACGCGUUUGUUGAGGCGUUGCGUGAAGAGGGCUAUGUGAUGGAAAUUUGGGGAUCACUUCUUGGUGCAUGCAAAAUUCAUAAAAAAUAUAAAUUGGGAAAAAUUGUUGCUGAUAAAUUGCUUGAAAUAAAGGCUGCUAAUUGCAAGACAGGUUACCAUAUUUUGCUCUCAAAUAUGUAUGCUGACGAAGGAAAGUGGGAAACUGCUGAGAAAGUGAGAAAACAAAUAAGAGAUAAAGGUCUGAAGAAGGAGCCUGGCUGUAGUUGGAUUAAGAUUACUGGUAUCCUAAACUGUUUCAUAUCCAGGGACCAAAAGCACCCUCAAUGCAGUGAGAUAUAUGAGAUGUUGGUGAGGUUGACUAUGAUGAUUAAGGAUGUUGGUUAUAGGCCUUCUCUCAGUUCCCAUCUAGAAGAAACUUUGGAAUCUCAUGAGUGAAGGAGAAUGCUUAGUUUCGCCAUCUUCUAUUUUUCGGGACUUAUUCCCGGUUUUUGGCAAACCGGAGACAGCUAAUUACGGACAAC